GUUACCUUACGUAAAGGCCUUACGUCAAUGAAUGCGGAUGUUGACAUACUCGAUACUAUGAACAUUAAGGCACAAACCAUUGCCACUCUAAGGCAGUUUGACAUUGGGAACAAGUUUGCACACUUAGCUCUGCCUAAAGCUGCUGUGCUCAUCCCACUGUUUGUGAAGGGUGAGGAGCUAUAUACAGUCAUGACUCUGCGCUCUAAGGAGCUCAGGACCAAUGCAGGCGAGGUGUGCUUCCCUGGUGGAAAGAGGGACCCCAUCGACAUAGAUGAUGUGGAGACGGCACUGAGGGAGGCUCAGGAGGAGAUAGGCCUGCCGCACCAAGUGGAGGUGGUCUGUAAACUCGCCCCGGUUUUUAAUAAGAGUGGGCUGAUAGUGACCCCAGUCGUGGGCUUCAUAGACCAGAACUUCACUGCAAGUCCAAACCCAGCAGAGGUCAGUGCAGUGUUCACAGUUCCUCUGGACCUCUUCACGCAGGAGAAGAACCACUCUGAAUUUCAAGGCAUUAGUGGUGUGGUGGGACCACUGCAUUUCUUUAAUUAUAUGGACCCUAUUUCAAACACUCAGUAUCAGAUAUGGGGCCUCACUGCAUGGUUGGCCAUGCUAGUUGCUGUUUGUGCCCUUCAGAAAAAAACAGAAUUUGAAGUUGGAAUUGAUUUCAAGGAUGCACUGCACGUCUUUGAGCAAAACCUACUCAAAGUCAGUAAGCUAUAACAGUAUUCACAAGAGUCGUUUAACACUUAACUGGACAAAAUGGCACUGUGUAGCUAGCUAAAAAUAAUAAUCUGCAACAGUUGUUUUUUUUUUUUUUUUUUCACACUGAAAAAUGUGAGACCUGUGAUGUUCUCAUCUAAAUAUUAGCUUGCAUCAAGUUCAACAAGGGAACCACUUUAGCAUUUCACUAUAAUGAUUAUCAUUAAAAAAUAUACCUUUUGAUAAAAUUGGCAAGUUUGACCUGUAUGUCCAAUAUGACACAUGACAAAUAAUUUAAACCUCUUCCAAGAUUAUCAGUUUGUUGUCUUUUACACACAGCUAUGAUGUUUAGCAUACAUACUAUGUAACUUCUGCUUAAAUGUCUAAAUAUAUAUAU